CUCCCUCACAGCGGCGGCGGGCAGCGCUCGAGCUCAGGAUGCAAAGCUCUGGAAACAUUAGGAAAGUCUCACGCCUCUCCUAGUCUGUAAAACCGAGGCCAGGCACUCUUUAUUACAAGAAGAAGCGAUAAACUCUGGAUCUGGAGCCUUAUCCUCGUUUUUAAGCGAAGUAGGACACAUACAGUAAUACUUUGCCAGUGUAAUAGGAUCAAAUCCAGGACAGCCAGAGUGCGAUCACCACAGGCCAUUCCUCUCUUAUACUCCAUCACUCCAUCAAGAAGAGAAAUGAUGCUCACAAUCAUAUGAAAUGAUGUCUCUGUUUAUCAUGCUUGCUCUUCUUGUGAAUUUCAUUACCAUUUCACAAGGUCUUGCUGCUUUGAGCCCUUCUGAUGGCAGGGGAGGUAUUUAUGAAGACCUGAAGUGGAAGGCUCUGCUGUGUUGUGAGCUGCCCUUUGCUCAGACACUUGAUGAUGGUCUUUCAGAACACCCACCUGUAGGACAGUGUCAGCUACUAAAUGCUACAAAACCAGAAUCAUCAAGUAAAUCACCCACCCUUUCUGGAAACUGUUUGGACAUCCUGUGCUGGCUUGAAGGUGAACAGACAAAUUUGAUUUGUAAUGCAAAGAGCCACAGAGCAGCAGCCGCUGCAAGUCUGUUCGCCGUUAGACCUCAAUUAGUUGUACAGAUGAAUGUACUUUCAGAUGAAGCAAACCACGCUGCUCAGUGUGCCGGGGAAGAUACUGCCAUGUGCUCCAUUUCUCUUCAUGGCAAUGAUGCAACUGUCUCAUUGAACAUCAGUAUAUCUUUAAAUGGGAGUACUGCGCUGUCACCCAAGAUGCAAGUCAGCACACAUCAUCUGCGAAGACCAGAGCCACCUGUCAAUCUGCAUUACAAUGUGACGACUGAAGGUGAAGUAAUAUUCAGAUGGAGUGAUGCACAACCUAAUAGUGAUGCCAUAAACUUUGAGAUCCGAUACGCAUCCAAUUCCUCGCUUCAGCAGUGGGAGGUGGUGAAGGUCAAAGGUCGUUCCUGGGUCUCUCUGAAUGAGCUCAGUUCUGGGAUCCGAUACAUGGUCCAAGUGCGCUGCCAAAGCCACAUCAACUACUGGAGUGAAUGGAGCCAACCCUUCUACUUCACACUGGGUGUCAGUUACAUCCCUGCUGAAAUCUUCACGACACCAGGGUCAGAGGUAACGAUUUAUGCCGUCUUCCACAACCGCAGUUGGAGCGCUAGUAAAGCUGUGUGGAUGCUUAAUGGGCAGGUGAAGAUUCCGGAAAGCCAGUACAGGGUAAUCAACGAGCAGGUUAGCGCAGUCACUGUGACGGUAGAUGAACCAGGGUUUGAUACUCUGAUGUGCUGCCACCAGUGGGGAGAGAGGUUCAAGUGCAUCAUCGCCUAUGCCAAAAUAUACACAGAAGGGAUGUUUAAUGCAGAUUUUACCUGCCAGAGCAAGAAUUCAGAGGUGGACACCAUGAGCUGUGAGUGGAAUAAAAGCGCUUGGGCACAAGUCAGACUACUUUACAGACAAUACACAUCAAUGUGUGAGACUAUAUCAGAGAUGGAGGGCAGCGAAGAAGCUGAAGAAAACAUGGAGUGUCCAUCUGGAGCAGGAGACCACAGAGAGUGCACUUUAAGAAACCUUAGUCUGUUCUCCUGCUACAAAAUCUGGUUGGAAGUGGAAGGAGGGCGUGGAAAAGUGAGGUCAUUUCCUGUCUAUGUUGCACCCAUUGACUAUGUGAAACCAUCUCCUCCUUCAGUCCUGGAAGCAACCACUUUGCCAAAUAAAAUCUUGAGCGUAAGCUGGAGCCGCCCCCGUUUACCAGUAUACGACAUGCAGUACGAGCUGCGCUUUGUGGCUUUGCGUGAGAUGGCAAAUACACAGUGGAAGGUCAUCGGUCCUCUUCUGGAACCACAGGCAGAGAUUCAGCUUAAAGAGUCCUGUAUUCAGUUCAAAGUAGAAGUUCGCUGUAGAAGACUGAAUGGCUCUGGAUACUGGAGUGACUGGAGCAUGAGUUACACUUCAGUUGUUUACAACAGUAAAGCACCAGAGAUGGGACCAGACUUCUGGCGUGUUAUAGAAGAGCAUCCUGUUAGGAGUGUGACAAACGUCACACUUAUUAUUAAGCAGCCUGUCCUAGCAGGAGAUCCAUAUAGUUGUGUGGAGGGUCUGGUGAUUGAACACCGGGCCUCGGGCAGAGCCGUGUGGUCAAAUGAAACAACAUUGGCUCAGUUUCACUCAUUCCAGUGGAGGAAGGAAGCGCACACAGUUACUGUAAUGUCUCGCAAUGCUUUGGGCAUCUCUACACAGAAUCGAAACAUGACGUUGUCGCAUCAACCCAAACGACGAUGUGUACGUUCAUUCAGCGCAGUUGCAAAUUCUAGCUGUGUGUAUCUUUCCUGGAGCCUGUUAUCUGAUCAUCCAGUGCCUCAGUCAUUUGUCAUCGAAUGGCUAGACCUGAAAAAAGACCCUGAACAGGACGUGUCUUUGACUGAGAGGCUGCAGUGGGUCAGAGUUCAGUCCGCAUCAAGAGAUCUCUCCCUUUGCCGUCGUUUUUAUGGCUCAGAAGAGUUCACCUUGUAUCCAGUGUUUGUGGAUGGCGAAGGGGAGCCGGUGAGAUACACUGCUACUAGGGGCGACCCUGCUGCAUACAUACUCCUUCUGAUCAUUGCGUUCCUGUCCGUGGUGCUGUUUGUCACUCUUCUGAUGUCACAAAACCAGAUGAGAAAACUCAUGUGGAAGGAUGUUCCAAACCCCAACAAAUGCUCCUGGGCCAAAGGAAUGGACUUCAGGCAGAUUAACACCAUAGAGAACCUGUUCCCUCACUCAGAGGGUCUCACUGCCUGUCCACUGCUGCUGGUCUCUGAGAGCAUCUGUGAGGUGGAAAUCAUCGAGAAAACUCAUCCUGUUACGCUUGAACAUGAACAAGACAAUGAAGUACCCAUUUAUAAAUCUGGAAACAAAACAGCUACAGAUUCUGCCCUUCUAGCGGACUCCUCUGAACCUCUGUCUCUGGAGGCUUCCACUGCUGCUGCUACUCCAGAAACAUCAGGCCAGUCUUCAGUGACGUACUCGACCGUUCUCCGCUCCGAUCAGCCCAGUCUCCUUCGGAAGCAGCAGGAGAGUCUGAGCAGCUCCAGUGACGAAGGCAACUUCUCUGCCAACAACUCAGAAAUAUCUGGCUCUUUCCCUGGAGGACUCUGGGACCUGGAGAACCAUGUGUGCUCUGACAGCGCCAAUCCACGCCAUUCCAGCUCCUAUAACUCCGUGGAAGAGUUCUCGGAAACAUCAGAUCAAGAUUAUGAAGCAUCAGAAAGCACAGGUGUAGCCAAGGACCUCUACUACCUCGAGGUGAACGAAGAGGAGGAGGAAGAAGAUGAAGAGGAGAUUGAGGAAACACAGAGUGAACAGGAAAAUAAUGAAAUUGUUAUGAAGGUGGACGCCAGGCCUCUUCUAGAAGGCAAAAAAUCCACAGCCGUUGAUUCCAGUGUAUCUCACAGCAUUCCUCUUUAUCUGCCACAGUUUCGGACUGAAUGCAUUAAUCCACCCUGAAAUAAUAACAACAGCACCACUUGGUGGUAACAUGGGAUAAUGUUUUUCUUCAUCGGAUGGAGGUCCACAGAAUGCCUCAGCGUGGUUUUUCCCUAGGGCUGCACAAUUUGAGAAAAAAAUUGAUUUUUAAUAAAAAUUGCAAGUUCAAUUUAAAAAUUGUAUUUAUUUUUUAUUUUUUAAGAGCAAGGCUGCAUGAUCUUGGAAAAAAAAAAAUUCUAAUUGCAAUUUUUUUUUCCUGAUAAAAAUUGUGAUUUUAAUUAUCACAAUUAAAUGAAUUUUUAGCUCCAGGUUUUCCGUGCUUGUUUGUAGGGCUGCAGAAUUUGGCCAAAAAUGUGAUAAUGUAUCAAUAUGUCUAUAAAAUCAUGAUUUAUAUUAUUAACAUUUUUUUUUUUUGUAUUGCUAAAUGGAAAACAAUAGAAUAACUGUAAAAUACAGAAUGGUCUACUUAAAUACUAUAACAAUUUUGUUUUAGAUCACAACUGUAAAAUUACAGUACUAAUAUUGAUGGCUGUCUUCAUUUCUUAAUUUAAACCAUCAGCUGCAGGGAGCCUUUAAAGCUUCUCUUUUGUUGACAACAUCCAGCUUCUCAUUACCAGUUUGUGAAGAUGGUUGACGCAUGUUGCGUUUUUGCACAAUGCGCAUUAUCAGAUUGCAGAGAUGAGUUUAUGUGAAGCAACAUUUAUUUGGAACCAGUUCACAUGUGAGAAAACAGUGCCGCACUUCACUCUGAAAUGUGCAGCGCGUAUGUUUUAUUUAAAUCACAGCCUUCAUGACUUGAUAAUCGCGCUAAGCCAUUUUACUUUUAUUUUGAUUAAUUGUGCAGCCCUAUUUUUCCACCCUCAAUCUUCGAUUUUUUACAAUUCUCCUCCGACCAACCCAGUGUUUCAAAUGACUCUUUUAUGAUCCAUUUGACUUGUCCCUAAUUCAUUAUACCUUUUAGGGUUUACAGCCAGAUUUCCCAGGCUCAUUUGAUAAGGGCAUCCAAGCACAGUUUAAACUCUGAAUGUCUCCGUGAUGGGUUGAUGAUCGGCCUGUCAUUGCUGGAACUCGCUGCUUUCCAUCUUCAUCCCGUGGAAUCUUUGGAAGACUAAAGUGAAAUCUUGUGAAGACCACACUAACUGGAAUGAAGCAAGGAAGAGUCUGCAGAAGUGUGGUGGUCACAGUCACCGUUUAGUGACUGUUUGUGCAUUUCAGGUGCUUCAUCGAGUCCAGGUUAUCAUAAGUGAAGGGGCUUUUGAAGAGGCGUCCAUCAAAAUAUCAGCUUUGUGAAGAAAUAGCCUCUUAUGUCUGCAUUUACAUUGGGCUUAUUCAUUCAAUAUGAAUGUAUAUUUUGUCAGUGAUGUCUGUGUUCUUUGGAAACUCAAAUAUUUUGAGUCUACAAAAUGUCAUCUUUUUUCAGUGUAUGGGAUUUUUUUGAUGAAAUGAGGGUUGAAUGUAACUCAGUGAAUAAAACUGGUUAUAUAUGUCAGAGUAUCAGUAAGAAUGUGUGUACAGUAUACACGUAUUUCUUGUCUAUUUUUCUGGUCAGAAUAAACUAUUUAUUGCA